CAUACUAAACAAAGCUUUUCUUGGCAUCAAACUAGUUACAAAGAAAGAGUUAACCAAUCUUAUUUGGCUACUUGUAAAGAAAAUGUCAUGUCAUGGAAAGACUAAGCCCAAAACCAGCUAGAGCUUAAUGGGUAUUGAAGGGGAAAAGACAGAAUGAUGAUUGUUUUACUUUACCGGAAAGCAUUUGCUGACAAUCUACAAGAUCAGAGUUCAGGAGAAAGAGAAAGAGAACUGGAUUUAAACAGCUCCGAAAGGGGUGAAAGACAGUGUGAUUUAGAAUCUCAUACUGAUGGUGAUGGAUAUAGAUGCCAGAGAAACAGUGGUAUCGUGGAAGCUGCUGAAACUGGUGCUAGUAUUGAAUCAACAACACAGAAUGUUAACCACAGGCAUUGUACCAAUGGUUUUUCAGAUGUUAUCAGCAGUCCCCACAAUAUGGAUGUUGAUGACUCUGCUGGAGUUCACUGGGAAUGCAAAGCUACAAUUGAAGAUAUUAACCAUAGGGUCGAACUUCAUCCUCACCAAAUUGUGAACCCUUGCAAAGAGAGUGAUUUAAGUGUCACAAAUGAGGGUGCAAAGGUUGGUUUGUUAUCCUUGUCUUUGUCGCUAUAGUUCUUUAACUCUUUUAUUUCGUUGUUUGGCUUAGUCUUGCAUAAGAUAGUUCAAUUUUAUGAGAUCCCCUCUUAGGGUAGACAUGCAGACACUUGUUAGCAAAGCUUACCUGCACUUUAAGCUAUUAUAACAAAUGAACAUUUAACAU